AGCCACGUCCAUCAUUUAUAUAAGCACCAACCCUUCCAUCGCCUCUUACAUCGCCCAUCACAGCCUUAUAUAAUCCAACCAAUCACCGUCUCAUAUACAUCCAACCAAUCACAUUACACUGCAUCCUACGUGCUGCGUCUUCAGCAUGUCCAAUCUUUCCACAGACGCCAUCCUGCAGCAGAUGGCCGAUGCGCUGCCCACGCAUCCGCCCGGCGACGACUCAUCCGACAUUGCCAGCUCCUACGAAGUCAUUGCUCUUCUCGUCCAUGCCUACCUGACCGCCCUGGACUUUCGCCUCGUCGGCUUCCAGGAAGACGCCAACUUGUCUGAAUGUCAAUCCCUAGCCCCCCGUCUCCCCGCAUCCUGGAACACCGGCUUCGGCACCCUCUCCUUCGUCUACAAGCACAAGCAGUCCGCCCUUAGCUUCAUCUUCCGCAUCGACCGCAUGGGCGCCAAAGUCGAAAUCCGCGGCCUCGCCGCCGGCGCCGAGACCAUCUACCGCUUUGAACGCCUCACGCGCGACGUUGUCUCGUCCUCCGCGCUCCCGCUGCGCAUCACCCUCAACAACGGCCAAGAAGACCGCUCCGACCUCCCCGCGCGCCUCCGUGCCGCAUUCACAUCCGCAGAGGCCAUUGAGAGCAUCCUCACCGACCUCCGUGAGCAGAUUGUCCAGCGCCUCAUCCCGCGUCUACAGCAGGAAGGAUACACAGAGACAGAGACAAGAGAUGCCGAGCAGCAAGCGACACAGGAGCGCCGGGAUCAGGAGGCGCGCGGCCCCAACAGACCUUUUGCGGGUGACCCAUCAACAGGUGUUUAUCCUCAGCCUGGACCACUCCCUGAUGCCGCGAGACCUCGACCACCUGUGCCUAUGGGGGAUUUCCCGCCACCGGGCUUUGACGACGAGUACGAUAUGAACCGGCCGCCUGGAGCUGGUGGCGCGCUGCGCAUGCCGGGCCGCUCGCCGUUUAAUAUUGGCCAUGAUGAUUUGCAUCCGCCGGGUCUGGGGCCGCAUGACCCUCUUCGUCCGUCGUUUAUUCCUGGUGUAGGAGGGCUCGGAGGGCCCGGUGGGUCGGGAAUGCACCCGACAUUUGACGAUCCUCUGUUUGGCGGCCAAGGCGGCGGUGGGUUCCCCGGCUCAGGCGACGGAUAUCAUCCUCAAGCUCCUCCUGGUGCUCGAUGGGAUCCUCUAGGUCCCGGUGGUGGUCCUCGACCUGGACGUGGUAGUGGUCCGUUUGGAGGCAACACCUUUGGUGGUAGUAACCCCUUUGGAGGCGGAGGAGAUAUUAUUUAAAGAAUGAAGAUAUAGUUUGUACGCUUACCAUGGUUUCACGAGUUAUGAUAUUUGGAGGGAAAAGAAAUUGAUAAAAUAGUGUAAUAAUGUUUAUGUUGCCCACAGGGGUCUGCCUUACUGGAAGUCUGUCACAGUCCAUAUUCCCUUCAUCAUUUUAACUUCAUAAUGGCUUCGGCCCUCAUUAAUUUUAACCUUCUUGUUGUAUUCUUUUUUGGUAUUUUGUCUAUGGUUGAUGUUGAUGUUGUAUGCCAGACAGGCCUCUUACUGACCAUCGGGGCUGGCCAUUUGGUUGAGCUUGGUUUUUUCGUCCUCAGUCAACAAGUUGUACCACUCCUGGAAGUUAGCAAUGUUGUCACGGGCAGCUGAGACAAAGAAUUCGGUGAGGAAGGCUUGCGUCUCGUCGUCACGCUGGCGGUGGCCACCGGCCUCGAUGAACGACAUGAGGUCGGACUUCGUACCACCCAGGGUGAGGUCGAUGAUGUCGUUGUCGUCCUCCCAGCCCUCGUCGCCGUCGUCAUCAUCGAGAUCGUCUGUGUUGGCCAUAGCGUGGGCGGCGGCGGCAGCAGUGGCACGAGCGCCAGACGCAGAGAGGAGCUCUUCGAUAAGAACCUUGAUAAUCUUAAGCGAGGCAGGGAUGAUGGUGUACUUGUCGGGGUCUACAUCCGUUAGUGGUGGUCCAGGGGGGUCAUAUGGUUCCAUACUCAUGCGGGCUCGGGAGCGAGUCUUGAUCAACCCGUCGUCUUCGGCAGGGACAAGGUCACCGUUGACCUGGACCUGCGAGAGGCGGGCAUCGUUGAGCGAGUAGAGCUUGGACAAGGCAAUGACGCUG